CCAGAGGCGGAGUCCCGCGACGCUGCUUUCGCCACCGUUGUCGGGAAGAUGGCGGCUCCAGGUCCCGCCACUCCGGGGACGCCCUUUGACCCUCCACAACCCCCGGUCAUCGAGGGCUUUAGCCCCAGUGUCUACGCCAGUACCGAAAGCUUCAAGGAAAAAUUCCUUCGCAAAACCCGCGAGAAUCCAGUGGUCCCCAUAGGCUGCCUGGGCACGGCGGCCGCCCUCAGCUACGGUCUCUUCUGCUUCCACCGCGGCCACAGCCAGCGCUCGCAGCUCAUGAUGCGCACCCGCAUCGCCGCCCAGGGGUUCACGGUCGCGGCCAUCUUGGUGGGUCUGUUUACUUCCGCCCUGAAGUCGCGAGCCUGAGAGGCCCGGGAUUCACGCCCUCGCCUCCCCCGCCACCUGCAGUGUCAGCGGGGACAGCGAGCAGCCAGCUGCGCGACCGACCGAUGGGAUGGUCUUUUGGUCUCUGUUCUUCCGUCCCCAGGGAGCUCAGACUCGCCUCUGCGGAAAGGGGCAGGCUCUGGGGGCGCCCCACCUUCCCCUCGGCCGCCGUAAUAAAUGACACCCUGACCCACCUGAGGUUGGACGAAUGCC